UUAGAGGCACAAUAAAUGCAUGCACGUUGUGAUCAACACAUCUAACUUGGAAUCUAAGGACAAUGCAAUUAACACUUGCACCUGCAUCUGCCUCAAGAGAAACCCAAUCACAAAGGGCAAAACAGAGAAAACAUGUCAAAAAUACAGAAAUGAGAGCAUCAACAGCACGUGUGGUGUGAAUCCUAUCUCCCAAUAAAGUCCCCUCUUCUUGCUCUUAUCUCCCUUCCCCUAUCUAUCCAUCUAUCUUGUUCUUGUUCUCACGUUCUCAGAUUCAGAGAGUACCUUCUUUCUUUCCUUCUCUCUCUGCCAAGUGAAGAUGAUGAAUAGCUGCAGGUACCAACAGAGCUACGAGGACAUGACUAUGGGAAUGGGAGGAUCACUGCUUUGCCCUAAACCUCGUCGAUUGCCUCUCUUCACCUGCCCCUCCCCCACCAGCUACCAUUCACCUGCUCGAGCUGACCUUCUGGACAUCAUCCUCCCCAAGGGAGGCUGCUACCCAGAAAGAACCGGGGAUCUGGUGGAAGUGGCGGCGGCGUCGCCACCGUUUUUCUGCGGAUCUCCACCAAGCAGGGCCUCGAACCCUGUAAUACAGGAUGAACAAUUUGGUAAUAAUGGGAAUUUUAGUCCAUUUACCAUGCCAUCCUCUUCUCCAUCAUCUUCAUCGGCUCCGAGAAGCUGUGUUCCCAUGAAAUUUGGCCACGCUCCGGCUGCCGUCAGGAUUGUAGGUUUUGAGUCUCUUAGCAGAGAUAGGAGCAACUGCAGCAUCUCUGCGGUAGCGUAAACCAUUUUUGAAAGGUAAAGAACAAAAAAGGCGAAAAAGGGUGAUUCCAAUAGUCUAAUAACCAGGAAGCAGAGAAAAGGUAGAGGAUUUUAAAUCAACCAAGUUGAAAUUAGCAGAGGAGAUUCUUUUUGUUUGUUUUUUUGGAAAGAGGAGCUAAUCUUUAUUCAGUGUUGUUUAGUGUGAAUUACAUGUAUAUAUUGGUCCAUGAAAGUUUCUGUUUAUUAGUAAUGUCAUGUAUAAAUGAGAAAAGGAGGGUUUUCAUCUUCCUUGGAUGAAUAAGAAGAGGUCAAUGCAGAGAGAAGAAGAAAAAAGGAAGCAAAAUCCUUGUUCUUGUUCUUCUAGUUUCUUUUUCUCCCUUGUUAGGCUUUAUGGAGACUCUGUAAUUGGGCUGUGUCUGCGAGUCACGUCCUCCUACUUUUGUGAUUGUAAUUCGGAGGAAAUUGAGAAUUAAUCUUUGAAAUUUCUGUGUA